AUGACAGCCUUCGAGGAGUUGGGUAUGUUACCGGAAUUGGGUACAGCAGUGGACGAAAUGGAAUGGACGUUGCCUACAGAUAUUCAGUCCGAAGCAAUCCCUGCAAUUCUUGGUGGUGGUGAUGUACUUAUGGCAGCGGAAACAGGAAGCGGCAAGACAGGUGCGUUUUGUCUUCCUGUACUGCAAAUCGUUUGGGAGUCAUUACGUGAUUCGAUGUUUGGUAAAACGCAUAAAUCGACUAAUUGUAUUGAUGAAAGAUGGUGCUUGAAUGUGCGUGAUAGGGAUAGCAAUCUUGCAAUUGAUCCUGAUGGCUUACUUUGUCAAAGUCGUGACCCAAAGGCAUGGAAUGGAGCACGUUGUACUCGUGGUGUUAUUGGCGAAGGAAAAUUCUACUAUGAAGGGACAGUUACCGACGACGGAUUAUGUCGCCUGGGAUGGUCAACUGCUAACGCUGUUCUGGACUUAGGUACUGAUAAAAAUAGUUUUGGUUACGGUGGAACAGGCAAAAAAAGUUACAACAGACAGUUUGAUAAUUAUGGUACUUCAUUCACAUUGGGUGAUACAAUUGGUUGCAUGUUGGAUUUGGAUAAUGGAACAAUUGCUUUUUCAAGAAAUGGCGAGCAUUUAGGAAAGGCUUUCGACAUUCCACAAACAUUACGGAAUACAGCACUUUAUCCUGCUGUAGUUUUGAAAAAUGCCGAAAUUCGAUUCAAUUUUGGUGAAACAGAAUUCAAGCAUCUUCAUAAGGGCUAUGUAGCAGUCUGCAAAGCACUACCAGAAAAUACUGUCCUUUCACCCAACGGCUCAGGUAACGAAUCGAAAAAAACAACAGAACCAAAUGCACCAGCUUGUAUCAUAAUUGAACCUACCAAGGAAUUGGCAGAUCAAACAGAUGGUCAGCUCAAAGCCUUCAAAAAGUAUCUGAAGGAGCCAACUAUCAGGACUGGACUUGUCAUAGGCAGUAUCCCAGUAAAUGAGCAGUUAGGAAUUAUCAUGUCAGGCAUAGACAUAAUUACAUGUACACCGGGAAGACUAGAAGAUUUCAUCCAAAGUGGCAAAAUUUUGUUAUCCAAUGUUCGGUUCUUCAUUCUAGACGAAGCCGAUUCAUUGGUAUCGGCGAAGAAUCACUUGCAUACCAUCGAGCGUAUCCAUGCAGCUUUACCGAAAAUAACGGCUUUAGGAGAACGUUUGCAAAUGAUUGUUUGUUCCGCGACAUUGCAUAAUUUCGAUGUUAAGAAGCUUGCUGAUCGGAUGAUGCACUUCCCACAGUGGGUGGAUCUCAAAGGACAAGAUUCUGUACCGGACACCGUCCAUCAUGUUGUUUGCAAAAUUGAUGCUAAGACUGAUCGUAUGUGGAUACGUCUGAAACCACAGGAAAGGGUGAAGACCGAUGGUAUCCAUAUUAAUGAUGAAAUUCGUCCUGGAAGUGAUUAUCCAGAGACUCUCUCGGAAGGCACAAAGAUUCUGAAGGGUGAAUACGUCUUAAAGGCCAUUCGCCAAUGUAAUAUGGAUCAGGGAAUCAUUUUUUGCCGUACAAAAAUUGAUUGCGAUAAUCUAGAGAGGUACCUGAAACAUAAAGCACAAGACCUUACGUGUGUUUGCUUGCAUGGUGAUCGUCGACCGGAUGAAAGAACCAGAAAUUUGGAUGCCUUUAAGAAGGGAAAGGCGAAAUUCCUUAUUUGCACUGAUGUCGCUGCACGUGGUAUUGACGUGAAGGGUAUUCCAUUUGUGAUUAACGUAACAUUACCGGAUGAAAAAGCGAACUACCUUCAUCGAAUUGGUCGUGUGGGCCGUGCAGAAAGGAUGGGUUUGGCGAUCUCCUUAGUUUCAGUACAUCCCGAAAAAGUAUGGUAUCAUAAAUGUCCCUCACGUGGUGUUAAUUGUUCCAAUACUGCUUUAAUAACACAGCGUGGUUGUGCAAUUUGGUACGACGAACCGAAACUUUUGGAAGAUAUUGAAGAGCAUUUGGGUGUGACAAUUCCGCAGAUCGAUACCGAUUUCAUCGUGCCAGUUGAUGAAUUCGAUGGUAAAGUUGUUUACGGAGCAAAGCGAACUAAUACGGGCUCUCUUUAUGAAGGACACGCAGUACAACUUUCCGGAGCAGUUGCACAACUUGCUGAUUUAGAACGUUCAUUACAACUAUCGUACUUGAGAAUGUUUAUUCCUUCUGAAAAGGCCAAAUAG